GGGGGGGCUCAGGCCUUCUAAGGGGGCUGAGCCCCCCCUAGCCCCCAUCUGGUUACGCCACUACGUGUAUAUAAGCUCGAAUGCAUACAAAAAUGUUUCCGUAGCAUUUACGAAGGUCAAUUUCCAGCUAUUUUAUGUUCUGAAACGAUGUUUAGGUAUGAUAAACGGUAGUAUUGGCCAAUAAAAACUGUUUUAACCGACAAAAUGCCGUUUCAUGAACCACAUGGGUGUUGUUCAAAUAAAAUCAAAUGAUUAAUUGUUUAGCAUUGUAGUUUAUCAUGGAUUUAUUUGUAUUUCCUAUUAUUUAUUGCAUAUAGUCCUCACAGACACGAAAGAUGACAAAGCGAGUAUAGCAUACGAGCAAUAAAUAGAGCCCAUAUUUGAUGAAUAGUUAAGCAAAGUGCAAAAUUAACAUAGAAUUUAUGAUCGUAUGAACUUUUGUGCUCACCAAUAGAUAUCGAGAAACAGAAAACAUAUGAAAGCAAAUAGUAAAAAGCACUGCAGUGGCGAAAUAGUACUUUUAUAUCAUAGCUGUAGUGAUUAGAAGGAAUAUAUGACUCAUCUAGGUGUUGAUUUGAGUGUUAUAGGGUCAGAAAACAGAAGAAUAAUUUAUACCGGUAUACCGGCAGGUCCAGUCCAGUCUGAUCAGUUAGACCUGUGCCGGUACCGGUAAGGAAAAAACCCUACCGGUUACAACUCUGAUCCAUUUAUGUAAAAAAAAAAGAUUUUUUUAAAACGCGAUCUAAAAGAAGUUUUCAAGUGCGUACAGGUAGAAAUUUUCAGCCACACCCUCAUCCACAAAACAAUGUAUCCCCUCUGCAAUAUCGCAAAAGUCUCAAGUUAUCUGACAUAAAAUAAGAUUUAUUAAUACAUAAUCUCAGCCUAUCAAUAGUUUUUCAUGGAAAGAAAGAGAAGAGAAGAAAAUUUUAAUUUUUUUGCAAAUAAAAUCCAUUGAUGAAAUAAUUCAAUACAAUUGUCUUCUGUAUUAAGAGAGGGUCCAUAAGGGGAUCGAGCAUUCGAGGCACUCCAAAAUUUUUGAUCCUAUGAUUUUUUUUAUGCAUUCGAAAGAUCAUAAUGAGUAACUGUCAAAUCCAAAUUACUAGCGCAUUUGGAUGUACUAUAGGAAAGUUAGCCCUAACCAACUUUUAAGCACCAAAAUUUUCUAUGAAAAAAAGAAGCACAAUUCGUACUACAAAUGUCAAUUGAGGUUAUUCUUCAAUGAGUAAGAGAAGUUUUUUGAGUAAUAUAUCAAAAGAUAGAGCGUGAAAAACUGAACAAAAUGAGCUAUUUACAUAUUAGUUUUCAAUGGAUAAAACUCACCUUACUAGCCAAAUACUGUCGAUGAGGCCUCAUUUUUUGACUAAAAAAGUAUGUCAUUUUUUUCAGUAUUUUAGCUGACAUUCAGCUAUUUCUAACGGGCCCAAACUGAAUUUUUGAUAUGUUGUACAACUUUUUUUUUGUCUACAAAAUGGUUAUAAAAAAGUUUUAAAAAAACUUUCUGUUCGAGGUGAAAAAUGAGUUACAAGGUAUAUCAACCUAACAUCAUGCAAAAAUCACUAUAGAUAAUUGUUUAUAAGGAAAAAAUUAUUUUUGAGAUAUUUCAUUCAUUUUAAAACAUUUUUCAGAUACAGUCAAUAUAUCUCAAUGAUUGUUUGUUCUAAAUAACUCAAAAAAUCGACUAUUGUUGCUUUCUAUAGAUAUAAAAUCCAGUACGAAAUUAUUUCUAGAUAUGAUGUCAAGUAUGAUGAAAAAGAUGUUGUAAGAAUGAACUAACAAAGCUAGGUUUUUUUUUUGCUUUCCUGUCAAUGUAAAUCCACUGUGAGAUCAUAUAUAUCAUCGACAAUAUGUAAGUGAAGAGAAACAACAAAAAGAAAAGAAAAAUUUCCAUUGAACAUGUGCGAUAAUAUAUAGUUGUGUAUAUGUUCAGAAUUUCCGAAAUUCUGCAUCUAGCGAAAUUUCGGAAAUCACAGAAAUUUCUAAAAUUUCCAAUAUCUCCAAAAACUUUUCAUUUGCUUUGCUAUGUAGUUAUCGAGUUGAUGGAAGCUUGAGAAAUUUCUGUAAUUUCCUAUUUCGGAAAUCUGAACAUAUCUCCUAGAUUAUAGUGUAAUGUCGUCUACAAAUACAACAAUAGAUAAAGACAAAUUCACAUUCAUCGUUCAAUACAUACAGGUUAUAGUUGAAAAACAUGGUUUUAUUAAAGCACAAGAUUUAGUAAGAAAAAUCAAAACUUUUAUCAACAUAUUUUAUUUUAUUUUGUUAAAGACAAAUCCAUCUGAUUCUGAAUUUACAUCCGAUUAUACAUGGUCUUGUCAUUAUCAAUAUAACAAUAUUGAUAUUGAAAUUAAUGCACAACGAAAAAAAAACAAGAUGUUUCUAACCCUACAGCAAAAACCGAACACAACUCUAAGAAAACAAACAACAAUUGAUAUGGAUGAACAUAUUCAAAUAGUUGGUGACAAAUUAAAAUUUAAUAAACAAGAAAAAUUGGAUCUUUCUUUAAACAUGUUGAUCAAUGGAUUUAAAGAUGUCAUUACUAAUACAAGUUCUGGUGGUAAUGACAAUCAAUUAUCAUCACAACAACAACAAUCAUUACCACCAAUGAUGCAUGAUCCACCACCUCCUGAUCAUCAUCCACAUAUGGCUCGAUCUAGACCUAGUGCACAAUGGCUGCUAUCAUAUGCUGAUCGUCUUUCUCCUUGUAAUCUUCAACAUGCAAAUAGUCUUUAUGUUACACUCAAUCUUUUUCUUUUCACCUAUGGAUCAGCAAUCUUUCGAGAACGUUCAGAUAUUGAUAUAUUCAAAAUGUUAGAUGAUUUUAAUCAUUAUUUUGUAGAAAAUCGUAAUCAAUAA